AUGCCACUAGGAAGUAUUGGGAAGUAUAAUUUUUGGUCAGAAAAGUUUUGGCUGCCUCCAAAUCAGACCUGGGAAGGCGUUGAAUCUCCGCUCUUUUCCGAUUUCCAGUAUGGAAUAUUUGUUAGCAUCGUGUUGAGCAUUAUGCGAAUUUUACUUUGCAAUUAUGUAUUUGCCCCUCUCGGAUUAAGAAAUGGUUUGCGAUAUAGACAAGUAAAACGAGUCCCUCACAAUCCCCAAUUUGAAGAAUAUUACCUAAAGAAUAAACGGCCUUCUCUAUCAGAUAUUAGGAUUUUAUCAAAAAAAUUUGACAUCAGUGAAGUUCAAAUAUCCGAUUGGUUUCGGAGGAAACGCAACUCCGCAAAAUUUCAUGUUAUUGUAAAAUUUGUUGAAUCUGGCCUAUUACAUUUUUCUAUUCAGGAUUUUGCUGUGAUGUUCUCGCAUCACGUUUUCACUGUCACUCUGAUCGUAUUUUCUUUUCUAACAAACAACUUCCGAAUAGGAUCAGUGAUUAUGCUCCUUCAUGACGCUGCCGACUUUUGGUUAGAGGCUGCCAAAAUGUUGAAAUAUGUUGGAAGGUUCCGGCUCUGUAUGUUCUGUUUCGCAACAUUCAUCCUCGUGUGGAUUUUAACGCGUCUCUACUACUUUCCAGUCUGGUAA